UGCAGGUGGAUGCGGGCCCCUGGGCGCGCGGCGCGGGAGCCGGGGUCUCGAGCGCGGUCGAGGGUCAGCGUGCGGCCCCGUCCCCGCUCUGCCCGCCGGGCCCCGCCGCCGAGUUUGCCCCCCGCGCUGGCGGCCGCGCACCCCGCGGGCCCCUCCCCCGGGCGCUCGGAGCCGCGUGGGGCGGCCCCGCGCACGUGCUACUGCGGCGGGAACCGGCGGCGGGCGGCCCCCGGGAACGCACGUGUCCGAAGGGCCCCUAGCGCGCCCGGGGUCUCGGCCGGGCGGCUGCUCGUCUGUUCCCGCUGAACGACGCCCCUCCGGGCAGCCCUCGGCGCGGCCGGCGCGGAGCGCGCGAGGUCGUCCCGCGGCCUGAGCCGGUUGCCCGCAGUCCGUCCUUUCCUGAGGGUCUUUCAAGCACCUCCGCGAGGGGAAACUGUGCCCGGGGUCCUGUUUACUCCGGGUCUGAACGCUUGCCCUAGAGGGUCCGGGGGAGUGGCCCAGGCGCACCCGUGUGUCCUGGAUUCCUCGCCCUCUCGGGGUCUCCGCCCCAGCCUGCUCGGUCUCAGGAUACGAAUCAGAGUCUGAGCCCGCUCGGAAGUCUGGAAUGCAUGCAGAACAAGCUGUUUUCCGGGCCGCCCACAGUGCAGGCGCGUUCCUAAAGUACCUGAAGCUGCCUGCUGGGCGCCUUGCGGAGGAGUGACCAGGCGCGCCCUCCCUGAGGGAGACUGGAGAGCCCCCUGCAGCCCUGAUUGAAUCCGCAGACCCAGGACCCUCUGGCCCAGCAGAGCUGCCCCUCUGCAGAAGCCACAGGGGUCUGGGAGGUUGAAGGGAAGGCGGUGUGCUUGGCGCUGGUGUCCAAGACGGUUGCCUGGGAUCUGGGGACACCAGGUAAGGGAAGUUCCUGUGGCUUCUGGAGGUGACGCCUUCGGAGCAGGAAGGCCAGGAGCAGCAUCACCUCCCGUCCCCCAGGCUGCGCGGGGCCUGGGCGGCAUGGCGCCCUCCAGCCAGGCGGCAGAGAAGCAGGCGCCCCCGGAGCUGGGGCCGGGCCGUGAACUCAAGUCCUGGCGGUGCCUGGUGUUCUAUCUCUGCUUCUACGGCUUCAUGGCGCAGAUGCGGCCUGGGGAGAGCUUCAUCACGCCCUACCUCCUGGGCCCCGACAAGAACUUCACGCGGCAGCAGGUCACCAACGAGAUCACGCCAGUGCUGUCGUACUCCUACUUGGCGGUGCUGGUGCCCAUCUUCCUGCUCACGGACUACCUGCGCUACAAGCCGGUGCUGCUGCUGCAGGCGCUGAGCUACAUCUGCCUGUGGCUGCUGCUGCUGUGGGGCCGCUCCGUGCUGCACAUGCAGCUCAUGGAGCUCUUCUACAGCAUCACCAUGGCCGCCCGCAUCGCCUACUCCUCCUACAUCUUCUCGCUCGUGCGCCCCACCUGCUACCAGCGCAUGGCCGGCUACUCGCGCACAGCCGUGCUGCUGGGUGUCUUCACCAGCUCCGUGCUGGGCCAGCUGCUCGUCACCGUGGGCAGGCUCUCCUUCUCCACGCUCAACUAUAUCUCGCUGGCCUUCCUCACCUUCAGCCUGCUCCUUGCGCUCUUCCUGAAGCGCCCCAAGCGCAGCCUCUUCUUCAACCGCAGCAGCCCUGUGGGCAGCGGGGCCACCCCCUCCGAGCUGGACCGGAUGAGCCCGGGCCCCGGUCGGCCUGCGGGCAGGAAGGCUGGCUGGAUGCUCUUGGACACCCUGCGGCGCUUGACCCUGGUGCGCAUGCUCUGGGAGCUGCGGGACAACCUGCGGCUGCCGCAGCUGCGCCUCUGGUCCCUCUGGUGGGUCUUUAACUCGGCCGGCUACUACCUCAUCGUCUACUACGUGCACAUCCUGUGGAAUGUGGUCAACCCCACCAACGACACUACCGAGGUCUACAACGGGGGGGUCGACGCCGCCUCCACUCUGCUCGGUGCCAUCACCUCCUUUGCUGCGGGCUUCGUGACCAUCCGCUGGGCCCUGUGGGCGGAGCUGGUCAUCGCGGGCGUGACAGCAGUGCAGGCUGGGCUCAUCUUCCUCAUGUACAGCACGCGCAACAUCUGGCUGUGCUACGUGGCCUUUGUGCUCUUCCGCGGCUCCUACCAGUUCCUGGUGCCCAUUGCCACCACGUCCCAUCCCAGCUGCUGUGACCCCGAGACUCGGCACGGAGCUGGCCCCUGUGGCGGCGCCUCCCACCGGGCUCCCUGGUGGCCCUUGUGAAGUCCCUUCUCCCAGCCUCCCCCCGUUUCCGGGGCCCCACGCGCUGCUGCGGUCCCAUCUUGGGUGGCCUGGAGCCUUUCUCCUCUCCUGCUGCUCCUCCUGCUGGGAACCGCGGCUCACGGCCAAGAAGUGCCCGGGUGUCCCAGCUCGCCCUCCGCCAGGGCUCUCCUCAUGCCCUCGUAUUGCUCACACCGCUGGGGACUCUCCUGCUCCUGCCCAGGGACGUCCCAAGAGCUACCUGCCAGACCGCUGUGCCUUCCAGGACCCUCCCUGGCCCGUGUGCUGCUUGCUCCUAAGACCCCCAGCGUGCUCCUGUGGCCUUUCACAGCACUACAUGUUCACCACACACGCUCAUCCCCCACACGCUCACCCCGCACACGCUCACCCGCCACACGCUCACCCGCCACAC